CUCCCUCGUCCAACCCUAGCCGCAGCGCGCUCAUUUCCGCGUUCCCCCUCCCGCCUCGCCGCGCCGCCGCCGCCACCGCCGGAGAAGAUGGGUCGCGUGAUCCGCGCGCAGCGUAAGGGUGCGGGGUCCGUCUUCAAGUCCCACACCCACCACCGCAAGGGCCCCGCCCGGUUCCGCUCCCUCGACUUCGGCGAGCGCAACGGGUACCUCAAGGGCGUCGUCACCGACGUCAUCCACGACCCGGGCCGCGGCGCGCCGCUCGCCAAGGUCACCUUCCGCCACCCCUUCAGGUACAAGCACCAGAAGGAGCUCUUCGUCGCCGCCGAGGGCAUGUACACGGGCCAGUUCGUCUACUGCGGCCGCCGCGCCACGCUCUCCAUCGGCAACGUCCUGCCGCUCCGCGGGAUCCCCGAGGGUGCCGUCGUCUGCAACGUCGAGCACCACGUCGGUGACCGUGGUGUCUUCGCCAGGGCCUCUGGGGACUACGCCAUCGUGAUCAGCCACAACCCUGACAACGGCACCUCGAGGAUUAAGCUACCCUCUGGUGCCAAGAAGAUUGUCCCCAGCAGCUGCCGUGCCAUGAUUGGGCAGGUCGCUGGUGGAGGCAGGACUGAGAAGCCGAUGCUGAAGGCUGGUAACGCGUACCACAAGUACCGUGUGAAGAGGAACUGCUGGCCUAAGGUGCGUGGUGUGGCCAUGAACCCUGUGGAGCAUCCCCACGGAGGAGGUAACCACCAGCACAUUGGUCACGCCUCCACCGUCCGCCGUGACGCUCCCCCUGGCCAGAAGGUCGGUCUCAUUGCUGCCAGGAGGACUGGAAGGCUCAGGGGACAGGCUGCUGCCACUGCCGCCAAGGCUGACAAGGCCACCUAGAGUUGUUAUCGUCGUUCUUGUUUAUCUAUCUCUCUGCUGUGCUUUAGACGGUUAAAGGACAUGAGUUUCAGUAUGAAUGUGUUGUUGCCUAGUACUAUGGUGAAACAUUGUGUCAGUUUUUUGUGGUCGCUGUCUGGAUUUUCCAUUAUGCCUAAAGAAGAUUACAUGGAUGUUUUGAUGCUAAAUUAUAUUUGCCCGUCAGGCCCUGGCCCUCUUUGCUUU